AACGGAAAGCAGGAGAAGCCUUUGGCAAGAACAAGACGCAAGAUCUGAGGAAUCCGGAGACUCAAGUGAGCGCAUUCGCAGCUGCCCGCGCGAUCAGUUCUCCGGCUGAUUGGCGAGAAUCAGCUUCUUCGACAUGUAAACCAGAAGAUGAACAUGCCUCUGGCGCUAUUGAGGAGCUGAGCGCGCACGAGACGACCGGAAGCACUCAAAUCGCAGUUGACGAUCCGGUGGUGAGCAUGGAAUGCGAGCGCGGCGAUGCAGCGAAAAUCAACGUCACUCUCUCGACCAUCAAGCAGAACGCUAUCGACUUUCCCAAUGACGAUGCCAUGGUGAUUUCAAUGCGACCGGAAGAAAGCGUCACUAUUCUGGGUGAUUUUAACUUACAAGUACUAAAUGGCGUUGUCUCCAUAUAUGGGUCCAUGAUCCAUGCCAACCGGGGUGUACAAAGAGUGUACGCACCAGCAGUAUCUCCACUGCCUGCUAUUACAGCUCGCAAGCCGGAAACGUCAAUUCGAAUCACAUCUGUAUCUUCUGGGUUGGCGAGUAUCGAGCCACUGUCUCCGAUGUUUCGCAAUAUUUGCUCGUCAGUCGAGGGCGACUCUCGUUCGUUCUGUGUCCUACCUAAUUCCAGAGAUGUCUCAAUGGGAAGGGCAAUAACACCUCUCGACAUCGAUGACGGCACUAGGAAAGUGAUCUCUCAACUCAAUGCUCGGCUGGAUGCAGGCGGCCAGGCGCCUCGAAUUAUGGCAAUCGGUGGCAAGUCUUCUGGGAAGUCGACUUUCAAUCGUAUUCUCUGCAAUACUGUCACCAGUCGAGCCGACAGGAGCAGCUGCGCCUACAUUGAUCUCGAUCCUGGCCAACCAGAGUUCGGACCACCUGGUCAGCUCUCAUUAAUCGAAGUCACUGCGCCAAUCUUGGGCCCGUCGUUUACUCAUCAAGCAUCGACGCGAAACUCGAGUUAUCGCCUCAUACGAUCCCACACGAUCGCUUCAACAACAUUCAAGGACGAUCCAGACCACUAUCUGGCAUGUGCUUUCGACCUAUUGAGCUACGCACCCAAGAACAUACCUAUAAUUAUCAACUCAUGUGGUUGGGUGAAUGGGCUAGGAGCGAGCACGAUAGUCUCACUGGCAUCGAAGCUAUCCAUAUCAGAUCUGGUGAGCCUAGACUCAAUUGAGACAGAGGUGCUCAGCGAAGCUGCCGCGGUGGUAGGCAAUGUGCCGCUCCGCAUUUCUAGGAGGCAGCGACAGCAGGCAUUACGGACACCUGCGGAGCUCCGCGCCAUGCAAACGAUGGCAUACUUCCACCAGAAGUCUUCCCUGAGCUCCGUCAAAUGGAUUACGAAGCCUAUAAAUGAAGUUCGGCCCUGGAUCGUCUCGUACUCCACGGAGGGCUCAGGAAUCGCAGCGGUUCUCAACUACGGCCAAGCCCCACAUCCGGAUUUCCUGGGUGAAGUCCUUGAUGGCUCCAUAGUAGCCAUCACAGUGAUCGAUGACCAGGCCCUCGACCAAGAAGCGAUUCAUCGCACAGCCACAGAACAUAUUCCCUACCUACCACCAAGUCCGACAGGUCACACUCCUCCUCUCGAUCCUCGGCGCAGUCAUUGCAUUGGUCUUGGGCUGAUACGCGGCAUCGACACAGAAAGCAAGACUUUGCAGCUAGUCACGCCCGUUGCCUCGGGUGAAAUCGAAGCGUUGGCGGACAAGCAAGUAGUGCUCAUACGCGGCGGAUUUGAUCCACCAGAAUGGGCUUACUUGGAGGACUGGUAUGCGGCAGGAGGAGCUGUAGAUACAGAGGAACGGCCAUGGGUCAGCUUUCAAGAGCAAGUGGGUAUAGAAGGCUCGAUCUGGCGUAUGCGACAUCCUCCUAUGGCAAAGGAUGUACGGUAAAUGCACGAUGGCUUUCUCAAGCCUCGUGAAUCGGUCCGAGGCAUCGCAAGUUACACCAAGCAUAAUGUGCAGCCUCUGCAACUGGCAGAGAUAAUGCUUCGCUGGUUGUCCCAGAC